AUGAAUAGGCUUAAACGAUCAAAGUUGUUUACAUAUACCGGUGCCGAAUAUUUUCGUAAUUUGAUACCAAAUUCGGAAAUACGAAUUGCUGAUGAAUAUGGUCAUUUUAUGGCCAUUGAUCAACCAGAACUAUUAGCACAAAUAAUAACAGCAUUUUAUCAAAAACAUUGUAAAACUGUACCACCAUUGUCGUCUCGACGACCAUUUACAGCUCCCGUACCUAUGGUGAAAAAGUCGGAUAUUCCACGUCGAUCACUCUGCAGUGAUGAAGAGGCUUGCGACGAUUACUUUUAA